AUGGGUAUGGACGAGGCGGAGAUGGAUCGGCACGUUAAGUCGGCAUUGCAGCGGAAGGAUAACGCGGCAUAUCUGCUCAAGACGGUGACAGAAAGCCUGGCGAGCAAGUACGUGAGCUCGUACUUUUCAAUCAACCUAUUGCUGCGGCUGUUCCUACACAUCUUCGGAGACAUACACCAGCCACUGCACAGCAUGACCUACAUUGCGCCGGACUGCUUCCCGAACACCGACCGUGGCGGCAACCUUAUACAAGUCAAAAUCGCCCAAGAUAUCCUCGACCAAGUCGACGCCAAGAGCGAUGUCUCAACCGACGCCGGAUUCCACUUCCGAACAAGCCGUCUGUCGUCUCGGGCAGACCACCUGUCGUCUCGGGCAGACCACCUGUCGUCUCGGGCAGACACUCAGAUCUACUCUCCCACAGCAUGGACGCACCCACACGUAGUCCGGACGGAGGGCGCUGUCUUCCUCUCGCUGCACGCCUUGUGGGACUCGGGCGGUCUCCGUUUCGGUCGCUCGUACCCGGACUUUCCUGUGACUGAUAGCAACGAAGUCGCGCGAGCAAUCAUGGUGCGUAACCCCAACGUCACGCACGAGACCUACGCGAACGUUAUCCGGGAAAGUUAUGAACUUGCAUCCGCUGUGUACGGAGGUGUCAUCGAACACGUGUGCACCGACUCGGCCGACUUCACAACCGGACCCGAUCUCGGGGACAAUGGAACGAAGAUGACGCGGGAUUUGGAUGAAGGUGAUAGCAGGGACGACGAGCCCUUAGUGGGGGAGACACGCACACCGGCUGUAGCGGUGGACCUAGAAUACUUGCAGCUGGUGCGACGCGUCACGGAGGCUCGGAUCGCCCAGGCUGGUUUCUCGCUCGCGUUUUACUUAAACGACUUUGCGCGCGGUGUGGACGAAGACCAAGUACUAGGCAGUGACGACGCGACGCGCAACUGGUGGAAGGUCUACUCCGUCGCCGUGACCUUCGCCCUCAUGUUCUUCGUCCUUUACGCCAAGUGCCGACCGCGUCCGACGCCCGUGUGUGUACACCACUUGGCCACGCUCAAUGACAAUGUGCACAUGCGACGCACCAGACGAUACAAAACACGUAACCGCCAUUAG